GAGAGAAGACAAUGCCUAUCUUCUCUCUUCCACCAAUUCAGUGAAUGGUUCUCAUUCUUACACACCAUCCUCUCCAUUCACCACACCAACUCCCUUUUAAAACCCAUCUUCUAAUUAUUUCCCUCUCUCUUCCUCUACAAUGGCAACCCUCCAGUCUCUAGGACUUCUAUCAUCCCCUACUCCUAUAUCUCGCUCUUUGCAGCACCAACCACGGUCUAUCUCAGGAUUAGCAUCCUGGGCUGUUUGUGGAAGUGCAAAUUCACUAUUCAAUGGACAAUCUUUGCGUGUGGCUCACCCACAGGUUGCUCCAAUGAGGCGGAGCUCUCGGGCAUUUAGACCCAUAAUAAUGAUGGUCAAACCAACAAUUCAGUUCAUCCAAGGAACUGAUGAACAGACGAUACCUGAUGUGAGGCUAACCAAGUCAAGAGACGGUACAAAUGGUGUUGCCUUAUUCAAAUUUGAUCAACCAUCUGUUUUUGAUACAUCUGGUGAAGUUGGUGAAAUCACUGGCUUUUACAUGAUUGAUGAGGAAGGGGUUCUUCAAUCAGUUGAUGUGAGUGCUAAAUUCAUCAACGGAAAGCCUUCAGGGAUUGAAGCAAGGUAUAUAAUGCGAUCUCCCCGAGAGUGGGACAGAUUCAUGAGAUUCAUGGAGCGAUACUCUAAUGAAAAUGGCUUGCAAUUCAUCAAAAAAUGAGGCAAUGUACAUUCUUUUCUUGUGUCUUUAUCUUUUACUUCAAUGUAUUAAAUUCAUCUGAUUUAGUGUAAUUUUGUCCAGUAAAACUAGACGGCUGAAGUCCUGAGUCCAAUCACAUAGUUUGAUGAAAAAAGCCAAAUUGCUUCCUUCUCCUCUACAUUCGUUCUUGGUAUCUUAUGAUCAAUUAUGUUUUCAACAUAUGGUUAUGAAUCAAGGGGGCUUAGGUCUAGCAACUUCUCUUUUGAUGACUUAUUCCAUUGAUGGAAAUUAUGAUCAAAGAAAGAUGCUAGGAUAGUUGGUGAUAUCUAUGUCUACUUUUUUAUAAGUUGCAGAUCAAGCUUCUUGUUGCAGGGCAUUUUCUGUGAACUUCUUUUAUCUUCUUGACAUUGAUUCACAUAAUUAAACAUGUAAGCAUGCAAGUUACAUAUGCUUGACAUAGGCUUCUUCUUCUUUAUGCUGAACAGAGUUCAAAUAUCAGGGAUGGCAUUC